AUGUCUCUUGCUCAGGACUCUAACGACCUCGCCGUCUCGGCCAACAACAACUCUCUGUACGAGGCCCAGUACGACGAUCACGAGCUCAAGGAGGGCGAGGGUCUUGAUGUCGAUGCCCCCCUCACUCUUCGUGCUCUGGUCUCGACCAAGGAGGCUGGCGUCAUCAUCGGCAAGGCUGGCAAGAACGUCGCCGAUCUUCGUGAUCAGACCGGCGUCAAGGCUGGCGUCUCCAAGGUUGUUCAGGGCGUCCACGAUCGUGUUCUGACGGUCACCGGCACUAUCGAGGGUGUCGCUAAGGCCUUCUCGCUGAUCGCUCAGACGUUGUUGGACAACCCCAUCACUUCCUCGCCCCCAGGAACUCCCGUCAACUCUCUCCGUCCUGUCGCCCAGACCUCGUCCGUCCGUCUGUUGAUCUCGCACAACUUGAUGGGCACUAUCAUCGGUCGUCAAGGAUUGAAGAUCAAACACAUUCAGGACACUUCCUCGGCUCGCAUGGUUGCCUCCAAAGAGAUGCUCCCUCAGUCGACCGAGCGUGUUGUUGAGGUCCAGGGAACUAUUGAGGCCAUCCGCAUCGCCAUUUACGAAAUCGGCAAGUGCCUUGUUGACGACUGGGAGCGUGGCGUCGGCACCGUCCUCUACAACCCUGCGGCUCCCCGUGUUCCCGGCGCUGGACCCAGCUACACUGCCGGAGCCCCCACGACUGGAACCCGCACCAACUACACGUCGCGCACUGGAAACGGAUCGGACUUUACUCGCCCUCGUGAAGACUCUCAGUACCGCCCUCGUCCUGAGCCCGCCUUUGGCCAGAACAAUGCCAAUCUUCGCACUCAGGAAAUCUCGAUCCCCGCCGACAUGGUCGGAUGUAUCAUUGGAAAGGGCGGCUCAAAGAUCUCGGAAAUCCGUCGUCUGUCUGGCUCACGCAUCUCGAUUGCCAAGACCCCCCACGAUGAGACUGGCGAGCGCAUGUUCACGAUUGUCGGUACUUUGGAAGCCAACGAGAAGGCUUUGUACCUGCUCUACGGUCAGCUUGAGGUGGAGAAGGACAAGCGUUUGAACAUGUCUGGCGACCAUAUCCCUGAGGAGGACGAGGAGUAA